CUGUUGUCUGUUUUCAGAGUUCCACCUCCAUCUCCGUUUCUGACUGAGCAGAGAAGAGAAGGAUUUUGUCAUGUUUUGCCGUUAAAGAAAACCUGAAAGACUUGUCAUGUCUCCAGAAGAAACUUUUAUCGGCGAAAAACCGCCAUUCUUCACGUUUUCUACGCCUUUUCUGGCGAAAUGAAGGUGAAACGGUGUGAUUUUUGUUUCUGACGAGUGAGCGUCACAAGAGAAAAAAACAAAGAAAAAAAUAGCGGUUUGUUUUGGCAGGAACAUUACUUCGUUUAUGUUUUAAUUUGAACUUUUAUCAAUUUGUAACAAACCAAAUGAAGAUGUCUUUCCUGGUAAAGAAGAAGAAGUUUAAGUUCCAGACUCAACUGACUCUGGAGGAACUCACUGCAGUGCCUUUUGUUAACGGAGUUCUUUUCUGUAAACUGCGCAUGCUCGAUGGAGACUUCGUGGCCACAUCGUCCAGAGAGGAGGUUCAUGAAAACUGCGUUCGCUGGAGGAAAAGGUUCACGUUUGUGUCUAAAAUGAGUGCUAACCCACACACUGGUGUUCUGGAUCCUUCCGUGUGCAGAGUUUCUGUCAGAAAGGAACUGAAGGGAGGAAAAUCAUUCACAAAGCUGGGCUUUACUGACCUCAACAUGGCUGAGUUUGCUGGAUCUGGGUCCACAGUUCGUUGCUGUCUGCUGGAGGGUUAUGACACUAAGAACACACGCCAGGACAACUCCAUUCUUAAGGUGAUCAUUGGGAUGACACUGCUGUCAGGAGAUCCUUGUUUCAAAACAGCUCCCAGCACAGCCAAGUCUAUCUCCAUCCCAUACCCAGACUACACCCUGCAGCUGGACUGUAAGGGAGAAGGAACUACUGAGGUCACCUCCAGUGCUCCUUCACUGGGACGAUCUGCGAAACCUCGUCCUUCCAUCAUCAGUUCAGGUCUCCUGGAUGGGUCCGAAGUCAACCAGAACCAGCCUGGACAUGCAGAAGUCUUCCAGUCUGGUCACUCUCGUAACUCCAGCUACGCCAGUCAACACAGCAAGAUCUCAGGCUACAGUACCGAGCACUCCUGUUCCUCCAGUCUGUCAGACCUUACCCACCGCAGGAACACCUCAACAGGAAGUAGCACAUCAGGCGGACCAGGCUUAAGCACUGAUGCACCCACUGAGGCUGAUAAGGAUGCUGGACGUCCAGAGAGACCUCCUAGACCACCACGACCUGUGUUACCCCCAAACAGGGCCCCCAGGAGGAAGCAGGACUCUGUAGAGAGUCAUCCGUCCUGGGUCAAUGACACGCGUAUGGAUGCUGAUGACAUUGUAGAGAAAAUUGUUCAGAGCCAGAACUUUGCAGAUACCACCCACAAUGAAGACAGUAACCUGCGUCUUUUCGUGAACAGAGAUGGAACCACAGCGCUCAGUGGAAUUAGACUGGGAACCAGGUCAGAUGUCUUACAUCACUUCCUGUCUGUGCAGGAUUUGACAAUUUUCAUUUGCAGACUUUGCCAUUUAAUUUUGUUUUUAUUUUGUUUUCUCUCUGGUUUAAAUUUAAUUCAUUUUUAGACUUGGGUUUUCUUCUAAUUCAGUUUAUAUUUAUUUACUUUUUGACAUUUGUAUAGCUAUUUAUGCUCAAGUUGAGCCAACACACAUUAUAUCUGUAUUUUUUUAAUAUAUAUUUUUUUAAACUUAAGUUGAUUUACUAUAAACUAGACAAACACAAAGAAAUAAACCACAGUUGUAUGGGAGACUACA